CAGUACCCUGGUACAGGAUGAGGCUAUCAGACGUGGGCUUUGGCUCUAAUAAUGGAGAAUCAGCAGUUUGGGUGAGGACAGGAGUAUUUAAAAUAUCCUUGCAUGUGAGACUAUUACACAGCAUUGAGGACCAACAAUGGAGUUUAUAAAACUUUGCAGGGUGAGUGAAAAAUAAUUUUCUAAGCUUUCUUCAUCUUCUUAUAAGAAAGAAGACUAUAUAUAUUCUUUGUUGAUCUGAUUUGUUUCACACUGCCGAGGACAGUUAAAUCACCGUUGUAUAGGGGACAGGGGUUGAACAGUACCGACUGCAGAAAACAGCUGUUGCAUCUUGUCCCAGAAAUAAACUGGACUGUUCAGCACGUUAUGGCACAAUAUUGAAGCUUCUUAGCAACUGAUGAGGAUGUGCGACGCCGGGAUGACCAACCGGUAUUUGACAAGUGCGUUUUUCACCUCGGUGGAGAGACGAGCAGGGAUGGACAAAGUCAGCGAGAGGGAGCAGGGGAGGGGACCGAAGAGCCGGCGAGUGAAGGUGUGAAGCGAAUACUCAGAGAGGGAAUCAAAGCGCUACACUGGGAAAGGCAAAAAGCCAUUGGGACUCAGAAACUCUGCCUGACAGAACGAGUGAAGAAAAAAAUUUGACAAUAUCAAAGAACUGCCCAAGCGCCCAUUUUAAUGCUGGAGGAUUGUGUUUUGCCGACAAAGCCACAAGGGACAAAUUACAUGAAAUUGGAUAAUUUCCUACAGCACCCCUGAUGAUCUCUCACUGCACAGUAGGGUGCCACGCAACUCUGGUUGGGAAUCACUGGCAUAAGGACAUAUCUUACUCUCCAUGAAGCCACAGAGAAGACCUUCUAAAUAAUCUUUCAAACUAUCCGCUGGGCAAAUAGCACAUCAUCAUGGAUGUCGAUCCUCCAAACAGCACUUUUGACAACGCAACGCAUAUCCAGUCUGCUCCCCAUAGCCUUUGGGAAGUUAUCACCAUAGCAACAGUCUCUGCCAUUGUCAGCUUGAUCACAAUAGUUGGUAACGUUUUGGUCAUGGUAUCCUUCAAAGUCAACAGCCAGCUUAAGACAGUAAACAACUAUUACCUACUGAGUUUGGCCUUUGCGGACCUCAUUAUAGGAGUGCUCUCCAUGAACUUAUACACUACAUAUAUACUGAUGGGUUACUGGUCCUUAGGAAGCCUUGCAUGUGAUCUUUGGCUAGCUGUGGACUAUGUAGCCAGCAACGCUUCAGUUAUGAAUUUACUGGUCAUCAGCUUUGACAGAUAUUUCUCCAUCACAAGGCCGCUGACUUACAGAGCUAAGAGGACUCCAAAGAGGGCCGCCCUCAUGAUAGGCCUUGCAUGGUUAGUAUCGUUUGUGCUGUGGGCGCCACCCAUUCUGUGCUGGAAGUACAUUGCAGGAGAAGAAAAGGAAUCCGAGGACCAAUGUCAGAUUCAGUUUUUAACAGAGCCUGUGAUCACAUUUGGAACAGCCAUUGCAGCUUUCUACAUCCCAGUCUCUGUUAUGACUAUUCUCUACUGUAGGAUCUACAAGGAGACACAAAGACGCACAAAGGAUCUGGCAGAGCUGCAAGGACUCGCAAGAGAUCAUGUCUCGGAGGGAGCUAAACCGCAGAAAAACAUUAUUCCCUCUUGCUUCCAUUUUACCAGAGAGAGGAGAGAAAGGAGCCAGGCCUCCUGGUCCUCCUCUAACCAAAGUAAUGCUACAAAAACUACCAUUAGGUCGGACGAAGUGUGGGUCAAAGCUGACCAAAUCGCUUCAUUUAAUAGUUACUCCUCAUCUGACGAGGAGGAUCGUCACGUAUCGAUCGAGACCCCGCAAGGAUCUUUGAGAGAUAACGGUCAAAAUGAUAAUGGCCAAGCGACGGAUUAUGCAGAAGAUCAGUAUUUUUCAACCCCCUCAAAAGAAAGCCGUAAGAAGUGCAUUUCGUAUAAGUUCACACCUGGCUCAAAGGGUAAAAAAGGCAGUCCUGGACCUGCAUCUCCUCGAGCCCCCGAAGCCGAGCAGAAAAACGCCUCACCUUCCUCCUCCACUGCCUCCAAGCCGAUGGACCCGGGUCUGAAGAACCAGAUCACCAAGAGGAAGCGAAUGGUGUUGGUGAAGGAGAAGAAGGCGGCCCAGACCCUCAGCGCCAUUCUCCUGGCAUUCAUCCUCACGUGGACUCCGUACAACAUUAUGGUGCUGAUCUCCACAUUCUGCGCCACGUGCAUCCCUACAUCCCUGUGGCACCUGGGCUACUGGCUGUGCUACGUAAACAGCACCGUCAACCCAAUGUGCUACGCCCUGUGCAACAAGACCUUCCAGAAGACCUUCCGUAUGCUUCUGCUGUGUCAGUGGAGGAGGAAAAGAGGCAAGGACAAGCUGUACUGGUGUGGACAGAAUGCCAACGUCAACAACAAAAUGACUUGAUUGGUUGGUUAACCCCGGUGUCAUGUCACCCAUUUACCUGGGUCGUGGCAGGGGCUGACUGCAUCAUGGUCAGGAUGCCGUUCAGGCUGUUUGUAAAUGGGGCAUUAAGUGGGAAUUGAUCCCACACCAGCUACAUGAGUCAGUCAGUAAUGUGAACCAGUACACUACCAAUGUCCGCUAGUACAUCAUGUCACAUUAGAUGCUUGUCACGUUACUAUCCCUGCUAAAGUAUAUUGUGUGGUCAGCAUGAAGUGCUGCAUGUGAUUUUUAAUUUUUUUUGUGUGUGAAGUACACGUUGGUCGGAAAACUGAUUUUAGACAAAUUCAGUCAGAUGUUCUACACAGUUAUUAUAGUAGAGUAAGAAGGAAAUGUUUAUUUUUUCAUUUAGUGUUAGCUGUUGAGUUAGUUGAGUGUCAUUGAGUGGCAUCUCAUACACUGGAAACUGACACUGACAUAUAUUUAUGUAUGGAAUCCUGAAAGCUGCAUGUUUUGAAAAUGUGAAAUUCCUUUAAAAAAAAAACAUUUACCAUAACACACACACAUUGACACAUACAGUAUAUAUGAAUAAUGUAGGCUUGAAAUUUUAAAAUGAUUUAUCCUAUGAAUGAAUCAUUUAGGUUUAAUGACUUGGUAGAUUUGAAUCGGUAUUGACUUUUAUUUUUAAUCAUAGUGGUUCCAGUGCAUUUAGUUCCAAGGGCUAAUCUGUUGCUCUGCAUUAUUUUGACAGUGGUAAUAUGACAAACAGUAUGAGAUUGUAAACUGCUGUACUUAUCAACAUUCAUAUUUAAGUAGAGCAAACUAUUAAAUGUCAGGUGUUUAGCUCUUGUCUAGACAACUGUCAAGUGCAGUAUCUGUAACGACUGGCUUGCAGUAUUUCUCUAUGAUUGAUGUCUGAUGCUGUAAUAUAAAAAGAAUAUUUGCACUUUUAUGCCAUUUGAUGAUGUAAUGUCAAACUCUGUGCCUUCUGUUCUGCUCAGAGGUCAAAUGACUGUGAUUGAAUCUGUGGUAAUUGUCUGUGCAGUUCAGUGAAAGUGAGUCUGUGUAACAAUAUGAAGAGUGGAAUACAAAUUCUGUCACAGAAUUACAAUUUUGUCAGCUAUAA